UUUUUUACGGACGUUUGUUCUAGAUUCGCAGAUUUUCUGCCUCCACGCGAGAUCGCUUACACCGCACGUAGUGUUUCGCAUUGGGUUCAGUAAUAAAGGACAGAUAACAUGACAUGGGAAUAAAAUGUAGGUUGUACUGGUGGUGAUUCAAUGAAGAUUGGGCUGUAGUUGAUAUUCAUCUAAAGGAAUUAUGGGAUCAUGAUGGAGGACAUGACGCACUUGUCCGUGAAGGUGGCGGCACUGCGUUUUGUGGACCUGCCUCUGUCGGUCUAUUGCUCACUCCCACAGGUGACCCUAAGCGCAGGCACUAAGAAGCUGUUUGCAGCCACUGCGUUCGGUGCCGUCUCCCUUAUCUUCCUCGCUCGCCGCUUUAGGAGGAGAAAGGGCAAGAAAAAAGCUGGUUCGCCUGUAGAGCCGGAGAAGUUUGAGUUCCUGACCAGUAUCCCUCUGACUAAAGAGAUUGCCAGCAGUGCUCAAAAUCUGCCUGUGAACCUAAAGGACUGCUCCUCUUCUAAUGUGCAGUUCAAUGACCUUUACAGCAAGUUCUCAGGCUCCCUGCACAGUCUGGCCUCGGUGAGGAGCAGACACUCCUCCAGCAGUUGCACCUGUGCUAACAGCUCUGGCUGCUGGGACGAGGAAGGAAAUGAUGGUGACGUCUGUAACCUGCUCAGCAUCCCCGUCACCAGUCCAGAGAAUCUCUACCUGAUGGGGAUGGAGCUCUUCGAGGAGGCCCUGCAGCGCUGGGAGCAGGCAUUAACCUUCCGAAGCAGGCAAGCCGAGGACGAGGCGAGCUGUGCUGCAGUUAAACUGGGAGCUGGAGAUGCCAUCGCAGAAGAAAGCAUGGAGAACAUCAUCAGUACAGAUUUCAUUCAUAAGCUGGAGUCUCUGCUACAGAGAGCCUAUCGGCUACAGGAGGAAUUCGAGGGGACCCUGGGAAUGACCGAUCCUUCAACACAUCCUAGUAAUGCAGAUAAACAAUCAGUGAAAGAGGACCUUGAAGACAUCUGUCUCAGAGACUCGAUCAGUAUCGCCUCCACGGAUUCCUUUGUGUCGGCCGCAGAGUUGUCUGAACACAGAGAGAUGAGGAGUGCGUAUGCCCUGGGGUCAUUGUGUCAUUACCCCUUCUAUGAGGAGGCGCUACAGAUGGCUGAAGAGGGAAGGAUCUCCUGUCGAGUUCUCCGAACUGAGAUGCUUGAAUGUCUUGGAGACACUGAUUUUCUGGCAAAGCUGCAUUGUAUACGACAGGCUUGUGAGGUCAUUUUAUGCGAACGGGCAACUAGAGCAUUUUUGGCUGACACUGGAAAGAAAAUAUUAUCUUCAAUAAUUGUCAAAGCAAGGAAGAGCCCAAAAAGAUUUGAGGAGGUCUUUGAAGAAAUGAUCUGCUUCCUCGAGCAAUCGGAUCACUGGGAGAACACCGAAAUUGAGCUUUCGGCAAGAGGGGUAAAGCAUCUAAACUUCUAUGACAUUGUUCUUGACUUCAUCCUGAUGGACUCAUUUGAGGAUCUUGAGAAUCCACCGAUCUCCAUACAGAAUGUAGUGAACAAUCGCUGGCUCAACAACUCCUUUAAAGAGACAGCUGUUGCAUCAAGUUGUUGGUCUGUUCUAAAGCAGAAGAGGCAACAUAUAAAGGUGCAAGAUGGGUUUAUUGCCCAUUUCUAUGCAGUAUGUGAACACAUUAGUCCCGUUUUGGCUUGGGGUUUCCUGGGCCCCAAAAGCUCCCUGCAUGAUUAUUGCUGCUUCUUUAAGGAGCAGGUGCUGUUCUUCCUAAAGGACAUCUUUGACCUGGAUAAAGUACGUUACUCCAGUCUGGAUACUCUUGCAGAGGACAUCCUGCACCUGUUGCACAGACGCUCUGAGCUUCUCCUUGCCUACAUGGGUGUCGACUCACUUCAUCACUUAAAUGGCUGCGUUGGCACACCUUUGCACUUGGUUUCUAGUGCUUUGCUGGAGACCCAGGUCCAGUAAGCUACGGUCUGACCUGUAAACCCUAUUGCCCUCCAUUUAUUCAUAGUAAGCAGCUAAAUCUGGACUGCAGAGCACAUUAAUAAAACACGUGAAGGGCGACAGUAAUAGUGCCAUAUUUAAAAUUAGAAAUGUGUUUUUUAUAUGUAUGCUUUAUGUAGUGUCCCAGUGAUCAUUUUUUUUUAAGGUUCUUUAACUUGAGUGCUUGCUGUUUAAAAAACGUAAACUAUUGUGAAUAUGUAUCAUCAAGUGUCUCGUAAGAUCUUAUGUUUUUUUUUUUAAGAGAUGUUAAGUGUUUUGCUGAUAGAUGUGAAUGUAAAGGAAUAGUCUACCCUUUUGCCAUAUUAAACUGUUAUUACCUCAACUUAGACGAAUGAAUACAUAUCUUUUUUCAAUGCGUGCACUUUACAGCGCGUUGUGAAUGUGUUAGCAUUUAGCCUAGACCCAUUCAUUCCUAUGGUACCAAACACUUCCGUGUUUUCCCUAUUUAAAGACUGUUACAUAAGGGGUUAUACCAGUUAGUAUGGUUCCACAAAAUAAAACUUUUUUUUGUACCAUAGUAAUGAAUGGGGCUAGGCUUAAUGCUAACACAUUCACAACGCGCUUUAUAGUGCACGCAUUGAAAAAGAUAGGUAUGUAUUUAUUCGACUAGGUUGAGGUAAUAACAGUUUAAUAUGGCAAAUGGUUUGACUAUUCCUUUAAGGUAAACACCACCGUUUUUCAAUAUUUUACUAUGUUCUUACCUCAACUUAAUACAUACCUAUUUUUUGCUCAAUGCGUUCACUUAAACUUUGAACAGCGUGUCGUGAAUGUGUUAGCAUUUAGCCUAGCCCCAUUCAUUCCUUAGGAUCCAAACAGGGAUGAAUCUAGAAGCCACCUAACACUUCCAUGUUUUCCCUAAUUCAAGACUGUUCCAUAAGUAGUUACACAAGUAUGGUGGCACAAAAUAAAACAUGGCAAUUUUUUUUAAGCGUAUAAACUAUGUCGGAAGGACACUUCAACCAAAAUUCAUCCCUGUUUGGAUCCUAAGAAGUGAACGGAGCUAGGCUAAAUGUUAACACAUUCACAAGAUGCUGUACAAAGAUCAAGUGCACCCUUGAAAAAAGAUAGAUAUGUAUUAAUUCAUUUAAGUUGAGGUAAGAACAUCACAAAAUACUGAAAAAAUGUGGCAAAAACAGCUUUUUGUUCUGAAAUUAUAAUGAAGAUAAAUAUUGUCAUGUCCAUUAUCUAUGUAUUAUGAGCCUAUGAUUCAACCAAGACUUUUGUAUUAAC